UUCAAAAAGUAUCAGGAGUUGUCAAGGCUCUGCCGAAGAGGGAAAAGUAGUUUGUUGAUUCUUAAAGACCAAGAGAGAAGUUUGUGGACACAACAGGACCUACUGGGUGAAGGCAGAAAGUCGUUUACUAUUUCAGUAAAAUUACUGAAAGCUGCAAGGUAACAACAGCAAACUACCUCUGGUUUGGACUUUUUUCUCUGGUCUAGCAGGUUACACAAAAUCGGUUUUAAUGUACAACAUGAUGGAAACCGAACUCAAACCCCCCGCACCCCAGCCAAAUUCUGGGGGUACGGGGAAUUCCAACUCAUCUGGAAACAGCCAGAAAAACAGUCCGGACCGAGUCAAGAGACCCAUGAAUGCCUUCAUGGUUUGGUCGAGGGGACAGCGAAGAAAAAUGGCGCAGGAAAACCCCAAAAUGCACAAUUCGGAAAUUAGCAAAAGACUCGGGGCCGAGUGGAAACUUUUAUCCGAGAGCGAAAAACGACCUUUCAUCGAUGAAGCAAAGCGACUUCGAGCUCUCCACAUGAAGGAACAUCCGGAUUACAAAUACAGACCGAGGCGGAAAACCAAGACGCUGAUGAAGAAGGACAAGUACACUCUGCCAGGUGGGCUUCUUGCGCCGGGCGGCAAUGCUAUGAGCGCCGGGGUGGGUGUAGGGGCUGGCUUGGGCGCGGGGGUCAAUCAAAGGAUGGACAGCUAUGCGCAUAUGAAUGGCUGGACCAACGGAGGCUAUGGCAUGAUGCAGGAACAGCUUGGCUACCCGCAACACCCUGGUCUUAACGCUCAUAAUACGGCACAGAUGCAGCCAAUGCACCGUUAUGACAUGAGCGCACUUCAGUACAAUUCUAUGACCAGCUCACAGACCUACAUGAACGGAUCGCCCACGUACAGCAUGUCAUACUCUCAACAGAGUACCCCAGGAAUGACUCUGGGCUCCAUGGGUUCGGUGGUAAAAUCUGAGUCCAGUUCAAGUCCACCCGUUGUCACCUCGUCCUCACAUUCAAGGGCUGCGCCGUGUCAGACCGGAGACCUGCGGGACAUGAUCAGUAUGUAUCUACCGGGCGCUGAAGUACCCGAACAAACUGCUCAAAGCAGACUUCACAUGUCCCAACAUUACCAGAGCGCACCUGUCCCCGGCACAACAAUUAAUGGCACACUCCCAUUAUCGCAUAUGUAAAUGAACUUUUAUUAUAGAAACUGGACUUCUCUGGACUAUUUUUGUACAGAACAAUUUGGGGAGGGGAAAGUUGUAUAGAACUCAAGGAAAGAACACAAAACUUUUUUUUCUUUUGUUUUUUAAAGAAAAGUUCUAGAGGAACGGUAGG